AUGAAUGGUCUAGGAAUAGUUAUUGAAGAGAAAGAAAUGGACACUGACGGUGUUCAGGUGGCAGAAGAAGAGACCAAGAGAAAUAGCUAUCUGGGGGUGGUGCCGGUGUCCAUGGUGACGCCAGAUAGUGAAAGUGAGAUAUUAUUGCCACCAUUGCCCACUGAUGAGACAGGAACAGUUCCCAGUAGCAUAAUGAGCGACCACAAGACGUCGGUGGCUACAUCCAUCUCAAAUGACAGCUGUCUGUCGCUUGAGAUAGAAACAACAGGGAAAGAUUCAUUAUUCAGCGAGUUUGUACAAAAUCCAACAUACGAGUUGAAUUCGCCAAGUUUGAACAUAGAUCCGUUGUUUUCCAACUUGGCGUUGAACGAAGCGCCGCAGGUGGCCGACCAGUCAGCCACAACAUCACAUAAUACGUCGCCUUUAAGACGAUUGAAGAACUUCAAGAAAGGAAUCCGCAAGCUUUCUCUCUCGAAGAUGAGUGCUCCUCCGAUGAGUGAUCUUGUGUCUAACGCUCCAUCGAGUGUAAGACCGGGGGUGAGUCCUCUAAUCACCGAAGAAACUAUCGAUUCGUUUCUGUCGGCUUCCACAAUCGAAUCAUUACAUUCAGCCGCUAAGGUGAGAAAGACAAGUUUGAUUACUCCCAUGACGACACCUAUUGGUUCGCCUGUAGGGUCUCCUAUCAUAACGUUAUCGGAAAACUUGUCAAGUUCAUCGAAAAAUGUUAACGACCUUGAACGUAACUUUUUCCGUAACUUAAAUAUCAAUGGCGCUACACCAGAAGUCUCUAAAAUGGAAGACUUAACCAAACUCGAGGAUUUAAUCAACUACCUGAACUUUUUAAACCAGUUGAAGAUACAGGUUAUCGAUGCUUUUGAGUUAACUAAAGAAAGGUUGAUUAAAUUUGGUUGGUGUUCAGAUGACGAUUUGAAUAACUUACAGUUUCAGAAGGAUUCUUCGUUACUGCAAAUCGACACUAGAAUAUUACAGCUCGAAAAAAAUUUGAACAAACAAUACAACACGUCAAUUUUGUUAUGUUCUAACAACAAGGUCCAAAAAAAGUCAAACUCUGUUAGUUCAAGUUCUAGCUCGAUGGACAAUUUUAACUACAUCAGUGAAAAUUCGAAAGCAUCCUCCAUUAGCUUGAAAAACUUGGAGAGUAAAUGCUUUUCAUAUCCUGAUUUUUAG